CCAGCGAAUCAGCGUCGAGCGUCGCAGGAAUAUAUCACGACAGUUUUUCCCCGUUGAACGCACCCCAUUGUUUCCGAUCACGCUCGAAAUCGCGGUCCCGUUCCAGCUACUUAAUCCAACUCCGCUUCGAGCAGGUAAAAGUGCAAAUUUACUGCCAGCUGUCUUCCCCCCUAGUUAACGACCUUGAGUGCCGCUCGUCGAUCCUCCUCGGUUACCUGCCGAUAUGGAAGGAUACCGCGGUAGCGGGGCGCAUCUCGCGGUUCUCUCUGGCAUUUUCGCGACCGGUGGUAGCCUCUUGGGAAAACUCGCCGGCGCUGUUGACGCAACGUCAUUGGCGACGUUAUUACUAAAAGGAGUGCUUCUGGUCUUUAUGAUCGUGUCUAACACCGUGGGAUGCACGUUUUUUGUCAAAGCGCUUCAUGGCAGCGGUUCUUCUUUGCCGGGGACGCUCGCUAGUGCGGCUACAAACUAUAUUUGUUCAGCUUUUGUAGGCUUCAUCGUAUUUGACGAAUCUACAUCAUUGGCCUGGUGGUGUGGGACUUCCUUAGUACUUCUCGGCUUGAUCUUGAUAUGUUACGUUCCCACUGAAAAGGAUGCCAUCGAGAAGAAAUUAAAGUAGCAAAAAUCAGCCGCGAUCUCUUUUAUAUUAAAAGUAGCGAAGUAUUACGACAGUACGAUUUAUUCUUACUUUUGUAUUGAUAUUGCAGAUCUCUCUAUUAUAUAUCCUUAUUGGAAAUUUACUAUAUAUUUAAUAUAU